AUGACAGAGACCACCAAGUUCCCGAGCCACGGCGAGCAGAGCCGGGGUCUUUGUGUGAAGGAGAAGAUGCCCUUCCCCCCCGAGGGUCACGGGUCCUGGCCGGGACUCGUGAGCUGCCACACACCCCCUCAGCUGGGCCCGCGGGUAGGACACAACCUGCGCACCGCGCGUCGGCCGCCGCCACCGCGGCUGUGCGGCCCGCGCCCCGCCCGGGUCCCCGCGCCCCGCUCGGCCACCACGCCUCGGCGCCCGGCGGGGGCGCCCCCACCGGCUCCCGCUGCGCCGGCGGAGGGCCGGGGGCGGGGUCGGCCGGGGCCGGGCCCGCGCCGCAGCUCCGCCUCCUCGGCCCGCCCGCUGGCGGCGCGCAGCUUCGGGCCAGGCCAGCGGCUGGAACCUGAGCCCUGGGGUGGCCCCCGCCCCCGCCCGAGCUUCUACCUGCGCCACCCGCGCGGCGCCCCGGGAGGCGGCGCGGGCACUGGUAGCGCGGCGCCGGGCAGACGGCGCACGGCCGGGCCCGGUCUCCGCCCGGCGCCGCCGCGCGCGCUCCCGCCACCCCCCCCCCCCCCCGGGCGCCCCCUGAGCCGGCCCGGGCGCGCGCACCGCCCUUCACCGCGGGCGACCGGGCACCAACGCCUCCGGCCUCGGACCCCCGCGGCCCGGAAGCGGGCGGAGCCGGGCCGUUCCCGGCGGCUUUCGGAGGAGCAGCGAGCACCCGGGUCCCCCGCCCCUCAGUCCUCCGCGAGCCUCCCCACCCCCACCCCUUCGCCUUUUCUGCACCCCGAGCGGACCCGGCCCCUGGCCACCCCCGGCAGCGGCGGGACCCCAGGGCCGGGUCCCUCUGCCCCUACCCCGAUGCCUGGCCCCCUCGCCGCCGAGUGGGAUUGGGCGGGGGAGAGGGAGAAGGAUCCAGUUACGGAGGGGACCCGGGCCUAG